GGAAGGAUGGCCAGCGGUUGGUUCAAAUGCUUGAUAUGAGGGACGAAGUUUCUCUUCUUUCACAGCUGCAGAUAAUUUGGGUCCCUUACCAUCAAAAUUUUAGCACCAAUUAUGUACCAGCUGGAGUGUUAUCUUUACAACUGUUUCAUUCUCCAAGUACAGCUCAUGUUGUUGUUGGAAUUAAUGUUUAUACUUCUCUGUGUACAACGAGUUACCGAGUAGUAAUUCUCAUUAAGUAUACACACUGGAUAUAUGAUAGAGGUAAGUUGUUCGCUAGUCAAGGGUAUUUUUCUUUUCCUGCUACUUAUGAAUGUUGUGUGAUUACAAUUACUUUUGGGAUCACUGUGUUUCUUGUCUCGAAAUGGACGACUGCCUACACUUAUGAUUCUUAUGAAUCUGUUUAUCGAGCGGAUGUUGUUCUAACAGAAGUUGACGUAGCAAUAUUACAGAUGCUACUUACAGUGAUUCACAUUCCAUUGGUGUUGAUAUUUGGGAAGUCCUCGCAAUGGGAAUUAAGUUUUUGUCUUAUGAUCUUCUGGAGUGCAGGGAAUAGACCUCAUAAGGUGUUUGUUGGAGUUUACUUCACUCUUACGACGCUUGUGAGCUCCUACUGUACCGCAGCUGGCAAUGGAUUUAUACAAAGGCUGAAGAUUGCAAGUUCAGCAGCUGAACUUGUUCGAUCUAAAUUUUGUACUUAUACAUUGAUGUUUGCACUUUCAAGAAGUUGCCUUGGAUUCUUCAGCACAAGUCUCUCCCCGUGCUGUUCAUUGCCUAUUCUUGAAUUCUAUAGUCACUAUAUUCUCCCACAAAACGGUGUCCAGACCAUGGGUACCAGCUGGAAUUGUAAAAUGGAUUCAUCUUUGGAAGUUCAAAUGGUUUCCGCCUGCCUUGUGUAGUGUGAGAAACAUUAGCUGGAGUGAUAAUAUUUCUAUAUCCAUGGAGUCCCUUGAAAUAAACUGGAACUCUAGAAGUAAUUGGUUUUGCGAGGCCAAGGUCCAUAAUCAAGUUGUAGCACCCCUCAUGAGAUUUCCCAGAUGGCACCUGGCUGCUGCAAGUAGACUUUUCGGUAUGGUUAAGCAUUCGAGCUGGAUAUCUCCGUACACCUUGCACUGUGGCUGGUAUUCUUGUGGCAACCAACAGAUAAGUCUAUACAAAUGCAAUUCCACUCAAUGCCUUCUUAUUUGUUACAUUUUUAUGUGCGGACUGUCUUAUCAAACGGGGAAAGGGAAUAUCUGUCUCGUUGGUGCACUUGUUUGGAUAAUAGGAAUCCAUUUCAGUCUCGUGAUACUUCAAUAUCCUAAGGCGGUUCGAGUGGGAGUUCUAAUGUCAGAGACUUUCCGAGCUCGACUGAACCUAUUGAAAAGAAGAGGCCAGUGCCAGAUUAUAACAAGGUCAAGGGAGUAGUACGAUGUGGGACAUACUUGGUGAAUUACAAUUUUACUUUAGCUGGCAAGGGAGCAGCACUUCGUAUUCAAGACUUUUGUACAAGACUUGUCAGUUACCAAGGGUGUCUCUUUCUUACUAUCACAGCGGUUUCGGAUCUUGCAUAUGGUUCAACAAUAGCUACAGGGAUAAUGGUCAAUACAACAGUGGCUUCACGUCUUCACAGCUGCACCGCCAGGCUCCAAACCAACUUUUCGUACCUGAAGUUGCCGACUCGCCACUCAUCCUUGAGGACAAGGAUGUUUCGAAGGGGAAGGGAAUGUCAUGUACCUACUAUAUGUGAGAGGGUUCCCCUUAUCGUAUAUGUAUAUGUCUUUAGUAAUAUUGGUAUUUAAUAGUUAAAGAGUGCUAGUUAGUAGUAAGUUGUAUUAGACGGUUUAGAUGUAACCAUCUGGGAGAGUCGUUAGUGUCGGAUGCUGAGUGAUAAACCUAGCUAUAUAAGGCUAGUGCCUCUGUAAUGUGAAGCCUAAUCAAAUUA